AUGAGUCAAUUGGAACCAUUUGAACAUCAUUACAAUAAUCAAUAUUAAGAGAUAUUUGGAUGUUGUCAUUAAAAUCGACAUAAUUAUUCUGAUAAAGUAAUUUGUAAAGAAUGUGGAAUAUUUUUAAAUAAUGUAAUUACAUUUCAUAAUAUAUAAUAGCCAAAUACUAGAGUAUACAAAACUCUAAAAAUGAAAUAUAGUGCCUUUUUUAAUCCAAUCAAAGUGUUAUAGAGUAUCUUAUCUGAAGGCAUACCAAUAGGACCUAUUAAAUAACGUUAAUAGAUAAUUGAAUUCAUUUUAUAAGCUUCAGAAAAGUUAAAUCUAUCAUUAAAUACAUCAUUUUUAGCAAUUAAUUAUAUAGAUGAAUAUUUAAGUAAAGUUACUAUCAAUGAAAAUUAAACUUAUUUAUUUGUUGCAACUGCUUUAAUGUUAGCAGCAAAAGCUUAAGAAUUAGAUGAACGAGUACCUUUUAUUAGUAAAUUGAAAAGAUAUGCAUCAAUGACAAAUCAUCCUGAAAUCAAUUAAUAUUCAAUUAGAGAAUAUAAAUAUGCAGAGAGAUCAUUAAUUCAAACAAUGGAAUGGAAAUUAUAAAGAGUUACAUUACUUGAUAGAAUAGAAACUAUACUUUCAUUUGGAAUUAUAGAUGAUGAUGAUAGUUUAGGAUAAUAAUAAUAAAAAGAAAAUAAAGAUACUUUACAUUAAUAACAUGUAAAACUUAGAGAUCUUUAAGAAAAUUAAAUAUUAUUUUAUGUAAAAGAGGUUGAAAGUAAAUAUACAGAUGUAGCAUUACAAAUAAUUAAAGGUAUCAAAAAUAUAUUUAUAAAUUAGAUGAAAAUUUGUAUUUUAAAACAGAUCAAACUAUCUUAGCACUUUCUUGUAUUGCUUAUUUAAGAAAGAAAGCAGGAUUAUUAAAUAUUUGGUCAUAAUAAUUAUAAUGUUUGACUGGUAUAAGUGCAUAGAAAGUUUCAUCAUCAGUUUCAUAAAUUAUGACAUUAAUUGCUAAAAGUAAAAGCUUUAAAACUAUAACUAAUCUUUAAUUAAAUUCUUAAGAAACCAAUUUCUAACCUCUUAUACCUAAUAAUACACUUACAACCAUUAGUACAAAUCAUCUCAACAAUAGACCAUUCCCUUUCGAAACUAAAAGAUAAUCAUAUGGUGAUGUUAUGAUGAUGCAGAAUAAUAUAUUAAAGAUUCCAUUAUAUCAAUCAUAAUCAACUGUCCAAAUUCCAGAUAUACAAAAAUAAAAUCAUUUAUAUAAACAUACUAAUUUCACUACUACUACUACUAAUUAUUCAUAUCUAAAUGAAAAUCCUGUUACUCACAUUGUAUAAUAAUAAUUUGCUGCUCUUUAAAAUCAAGAACUUGAUAAAAAGUAUGAACAAGUACAUAAAGUAAGUGCUAGUAUUUUCAGACAUAUUCAAUGA